CUCGUCCGAGCCGGUGCACCGGGACCCGCCGGGCGCUAGAGGGCACCCGCCGCCCGGGCCCGGGCACCGCGGCACCGGGCGGCCUCGGGGGGGACCGGAGGGACCCGCCCGGGGCACCCGCCCCGACGGAGCGGGGGAUCGGCCAGCCCGGGGAAGGGGCGCGGUACCGGACCGCCCCGUCCGGGCCAGCAGCCACCCUCAGUAGGGGAAAAGCCCGGACGGCCCCGGGGCGAGCACCGGACACUCCGCCCCCGCGGCGCCGCUCCCGGGGCCGGUGCUGCCGCCGGGACGGGGCGGGGCGCGGCGGGGCGGGGCGGGGCAGGCGGGCGGCUCCUCCCCGCCGCCGGGCCGGGCCGGGCGGAGCGGGCGCUCGGUGCGGGCGCUCGGCGCCGCUCUCGCCAUGCGGGUGCUGCUGCUCCCGGCGCUGCUGCUCCCGGCGCUGGCCGCCGCGCGCGGCGCCGCCACGGCGCUGGGCGAGGCGGACCAGGUCCGGAUGACCUCAGAGGGCUCCGACUGCCGCUGCAAGUGCAUCCUGCGGCCGCUCAGCAAGGAUGCCUGCAGCCGCGUCAGGAGUGGCAGCAUGCGGGUGGAGGACUUCUACACGGUGGAGACGGUGAGCUCUGGGGCCGACUGCAAGUGCUCCUGCACCGCUCCCCCCUCCUCGCUCAACCCCUGCGAGAAUGAGUGGAAGAUGGAGAAGCUGAAGAAGCAGGCACCCGAGCUCUUCAAGCUGCAGUCCAUGGUGGACCUGCUGGAGGGAACACUUUACAGCAUGGACCUGAUGAAGGUACACUCCUACAUCAGCAAGGUGGUGGCACAGAUGAAUACGCUGGAGGAGACCAUCAAGACUAACCUCAGCAGGGAGAAUGACUUCAUGAAGGAGAGCGUCCUGCGCCUCACCGACCAGAUGAAACGUUACGAGAACUACUCUGACAUCAUGGUCAGCAUCAAGAAGGAGAUCUCGAACCUGGGCUACCAGCUGCUGCAGAAGGACGCUGCCGCCGUCCCCGAGAGCAAGGCACAGGACACGGCAGGUGGCCGAGAGAAGGAGAUGGGACGGUACCCCAGCACCCGCAAGGCUCUGGGGGACAGGGGACCCCCCCGAGCACCCAAGGAGAAGCAGCUGAAGCCCGAGAAGCCCAAAAAGGAUAAUGCGAAGGCCAGAGGAGGGUCGCAGCCUACGCCCAAGCCCAAGCCAUUGCCGCACCAGCAAACCGUGGUCCGGGGCAUCACUUACUACAAGGCUGGGCAUGCGGGGGUGGCGGAGGGGCCAGCUGGCAGCCGCGAGAACCCUGUGAGGGGGGUGGCUGUGCCGGAGCGGCAGGAGGAGAGGGGCCGUCCACCCCCUCCAGCCGAGGGGACCCCAGCCCAAGCCGUCAUGCGGGCAGAGACCACUGUGCCCAGCACUACGGCUGUGCCCAGCACCGCCCCCGUGCCUCGCACCACUGCCCGCAGCCCCCUCACCACCGUCCUCGGGCAGGGGGCUGACAGCACCGGGGGCCCUGAAGCACCAAACAGAGUCAAGGAGGUGGAGUGCGAAGGCACCAUCGAGUCGGUGGAGCCGCCCACGGAGCACCAUAGCUACGGGCGCAACGAGGGGGCCUGGAUGAAGGACCCAGCGGCCAAGGAUGACCGCAUCUACGUCACCAACUACUACUACGGCAACAGCCUGGUGGAGUUCAGGAGCCUCGACAACUUCAAGCAGGGCCGCUGGAGCAACCUCUACAAGCUGCCCUACAACUGGAUCGGCACUGGGCACGUGGUGUACCGGGGGGCCUUUUACUACAACCGCGCCUUCACCAAGAACAUCAUCAAGUACGACCUGAAGGAGCGGUAUGUGGCGGGCUGGGCGCUGCUCCACGACGUGGUGUACGAGGACACGACGCCCUGGAAGUGGAGGGGCCACUCAGACAUUGACUUCGCCGUGGACGAGAGCGGGCUCUGGGUCAUCUACCCCUCCAUGGACUACGACUACUCGCAGCAGGAGGUGAUCGUUCUGAGCCGACUUGACCCCGGGGACCUCUCGGUGCGCAGGGAGACCACCUGGAAGACGGGGCUAAAACGCAAUGCCUACGGGAACUGCUUCAUCAUCUGCGGCAUCCUCUACGCUGUGGACACCUACAGCCAGAAGGAAGGGCAGAUCUCCUACGCCUUCGACACGCACACGGACACGGAGGCAGAGCUCCGGCUGCCCUUCCUCAACCAGUACGCCUUCACCACGCAGGUUGACUACAACCCCAAGGAGAAGGUGCUUUACGCCUGGGACAACGGCCACCAGAUGACGUACGGGCUCCGCUUCGUGGUCUGAGCACCCGGCCGGGUCCCAGCCGCACCCCUGCGCCCACUUUCCGCCGUGUCCAGCCAGGGUGCCCCGACGCAGCCGGGCCCCGGCACCCCAUCUGGGCCAGGGCUGCGGCAAGAGCCCGGCUUCCACCCCACAGCCCUCCCCACCCGCCGUGCCCCGGUCACCUGCACCGUGCCCCGGUCACCUGUACCGUGCCCCGGUCACCUGCACCGUGCCCCGGUCACCUGUACCGUGCCUGCUGCACUGCAGGGCAGGGGGUACAGGUAAGCACAGCCCCCGCAGCAGACACCCCCACGACAACGUGGCCUGUGGGGCUGCCCCACAGCUGGCAGCUUGGCCGGCAUUGCCUUCCCGGGGACACGGGAGAGGAGCCCAGCCCCGCGUCCCCGUGGCACCGGGAGGCAGCCGGGUCUGUGCCGCCGGCAACGUGGCAGCACCCGCUCUGCACCACCGCACUGAGCACCCGCUCGCGCUGCACCCAGCCUGAGCACCGCUCCCCACGCUCCCCGCUGCACCCCGCGUGACCGCACGCUUACUGUAACCACCAGCUGCCACGGUGCGAGUGCCUUAAGAGCCUGGUGCCGGCUGCCUGGGUGCUGUGCCCUCGCCUGCCCCGAGCUGCCGCCGGGCGGGCAGGGCCACCUCGCUGCCAGGGCAGGAGGAGCAGCUGCCGAUUGCUCUUUUAGGAAAUGUGAUUAAGAUGCCUUUGCUUUUGCCGCUCAUUAGCUUAUUAUUUAAAUGCAUUCACUGGAGCCGCGCGGAGUCCCCUCUCCUGGCAGCGGGCGCAGAGCAGCCUGCCCGCAGUGCCGGGGUGCCCUGCCUGCACGCCUGCCUGCACCCAGCACCAGGCAAGGGGGAGGCAGGCACGGCUGGGGAGCCCACGGCCCGCCUGCUCUCCCACUGAGGCAGGGCGAGGGGCUGGGAACACUUGGCUUGGUUUUGGUCAUUUUAGACAUGAACAGUAUUAAAAAAAAAAUAACAAGCGAAA